AUGGCGUCGACGGGCGGCGUGCGCGUGAACAUCGUGGAGGCGCGCGGCAUCCUGGCGGCCGACGCCGGGGGCACGAGCGACCCGUAUGUGACCAUGACGCUGCUGGACUCCAAGGGCCAGGCGCUGGCCGCGGGCGGCAGCUUCAAGACGAAGGUGGUCAAGAAGACGCUGGCCCCGCAGUGGAACGAGACGUUCAUCGUCGGGGACCGCCUGGACCUGCGCGUGGCCACGACGCUGCGGCUGCUGCUGUCCGACUCGGACGGCGCCUUCUACAGCGACGACGUGCUGGGUGUCGUGGACAUCCCCGUGGCGCUGCUGCUGACGCUGCGCGAGCCGCUGGACAACUGGUUCCAGCUCACCAAGCACGACAAGAUGAAGAAGGACUCGCAGGGCGAGCUGCACGUGGUGCUCGAGAAGCUCGCGCCCGUCGAGUCCAACCUGGGCCGAGGCUCGGGCGUGCUCGUCACGGGGCUGGAGCAGAAGCCGCCGCCCGUCGCGAGCAGCGAGCCGCCCAACCUGCUCUACGUGACGUUGAAGUCAGGCAAGGAUCUGCUGGGCAUGGACAAUAACGGCACCACUAGUGAUCCUAUUGUGUUCUUUACCUUUAAUGGACAGAAGCACGAGUCCACCAAGAAGGAGAAGACGCUGCGCCCCCAGUGGAACGAGAAGUUUGGCUUCUUCGCCCCCGAUCUGAAGAGCAGCUUGUCCAUUUUAGUGGAGGACUACGACAUUACCAUUAAUGACUUCAUGGGCAAGGCGGACGUGUCGCUGAAAGAUCUGGAGCCGAAUGCGGAGAAGAACGUGGCGGUGGAGCUGGGCGGCAAGAGGGGAAAGAAGGAUAAAGUCGAGCGCGGUACUCUGUUACUGACGCUGCUGUGGACGUACGACCCGGAGGCUCGAGACAUUGCGGCUAAGAAGAAGAAGUCGACAUUUUUGCCCAAUUUCGGCGUGCCCGAUAAGGACUACGACUCGGACGACGAUGAAGGAGUGGAGAUUGAUGAUGGAGAAGUCAAGAAGAAAUCUGAGGAGGAACUGAAGAAGGAGAGGGAGGAGAAAGCUGAGAAGCAGGCAGCCAUCUUGUCGGAGCUCAGCAGCUUCGAAAUCAAAUCCGGCGACUACAAUGUCCAGGUGCACGUCAUUGAAGCGCGCGACCUGGUACCGAAAGACUCGACUGGCACGUCGGACCCUGUGGUGUAUGUUGAAGUGUUUGGAGAGAAGCAGCAGACUGCGGUGAAGAAGCAAGUGCUCAGCUGUUUCUGGGAUGACCUGCUCAUCUUCCCAUUCCGUAACCUGGACAAGGCUGAAGUCGAGAUGGGAUACGUCCGUCUGAGCGUUAUGGAUGCCAACACACUACAGAGGGCAGAACUCAUCGGCGGAGCUCAGUUCGAUGUGUCGUACAUUUACUCGCAGGCGAACCACCAGCUGGCAAACGUCUGGAUCGGUCUGACUGACAUUACGAACACUACGAACCAAGGCAUCCAAGGAUACCUGCGAGCCUCCAUUUCGAUUAUUGGACCAGGCGACAAGCUUGUCCCUCCCCCUUCGCCGUUUGGUGAAGGAGCAAGUACGGACAUGAACAACGUUAUCAUGCCGCCUAGCGUUACUCAGCAGGUUCACUUCUUGGGGGCAACCAUUCACGUAGCGGAGCACUUGCCGCCCAUGGAUGUUGCCGUGGUAGGCAGAGGUGGUCUGGAUGCAUACAUUAAGGGAUCCAUUGCCGGCGGUGAUGAAAUUCGGACCCGUGUGCGCACCAAGAAGGGAAGACGUGACGAGCUCUGCCCUAGCUUCAACGAGGAGUUGAUGCUCGUUAUCCGGGAGCCGUCAAUGGCUGACUCGAUCCAGCUAGCUGUCUAUGAUUGGGAUCAGGUGGGAUCGGACGAGUUGGUGGGCUACGUCUAUCAGAGUUUAAAGCUCGUCAAGGCCAUGGGUGGUAAAGUUUCACCGUUCUGGGCCAACAUUUACGGCGCCCCCUUGCGUUUGAAGUCGGUUGGCAUAGGUGAUUCGAUGAAGAAGCAGAUGAACACAUACCCAGAUAUCGCCAGCACAUACCGUGGACGUCUCCUCAUCAGCUUCCGCAUUUUGAAGAACGAGGACAAUGAGUUUGAUGAAACGAACCAGAAGCGCAACACCAAGCGCAUUCCUCGCGACUUGUACCCCCGCGAGCGCAUUUACCGCAUGCGAGCCCACUUUGUGUGGGGAAGCCAGGUACCGUCCUUCUUGAGCUCUAAGCGUCCUGGCCAGAAGGCGAAGAUGCAGUUGGUGAUGUCGUGUGGUCUAAAUGAGAUCGCUUCGUCUCGUGCUCGUAAUGUGAAUGGUGUGGUGGAGUGGAACAACAUGGAAGAGAGCGAAAAGAUGCUUCUUCCUGAAGAUCUAUCUCAAGUGCCCGAUAUUUUCCUGUAUCUUUGCAGGGGAGAAGGAGAUACGCGCAAGGCCGUGUGCUUCCGCCGUUUUACUGCAAAAGAACUUCUGGAGGAUCGCGACCAAGCAAUUGAUGCCCUGGAGGACGAAACUUUCCCAGGUAACGUGUUGGUUCGCAUGGGCUUCGGAACUGAAGAAAUGGCGAUGCAGACAGCCUGGGAUCGCUCCGACCUGGAUGCUGUAAACAAACGCAUUCCAUACCAGCUCCGCGUUCACAUUUACCAGGGCCGUCGCCUUCCACCUGCUGAUUCGAACGGCUUGUUGGAUCCGUUCCUUGUCAUCCGAUGCAUGGGAGAAAAGGAGAAAAUGACCUCGAAAAAAAGAAAGACGAGAGAUCCAUUGUGGUACGAAACGAUUUAUUUCGACGUGAAUCUACCGGCGCUCAAGUACGCACCCCAGGUGAUGCUGCGUGUCAUGGAUUUCGAUGACUUUGACACCAACGACUUCGUUGGCUUAGCUGCGCUCAACCUGGCGGAAGCACACAUUCGAACAUCGGAGCAGCUAUCAAGCGGUCACCUUUCAGCACUGCCUGACCCGAAGUGGCAUCCGAUCAUGUUCCAGGAGCCGGGAGAUUGCGAGGGCGAAAUUCUUGCGUCCUUGGAGCUGAUUCGCAAGCAGUUUCCCGACGAAAAGGUUCCGCGUGCGAUUCCGAUUUUGCCGAGAAACCGCAAGGCUUUUCUGGAGAUCACAGUACUCGGUCUUCGGAACAUGGAGCCGUACCAGUUCCUGCCAAUUCAGUUGCCUUUUAUCGAGUUUGUGCUCGGCGGCAAGGAUCACGCAGCCCAGGAGAUGAUCACUGAGAAGUCUAAGCGACCAUCGGGAAGCAACCCAAACUUCCUGCAACGCAUCGUGAAGGAGGUCGAGCUGCCUGAAAAUGCCCAUUUCGCGCCUCGACUGAACAUUAUCGUGAAGGACACGCGUCUCGGUGGAUUCCAGACACCUAUCAUCGGAUCAGCUUCCAUUGAAAUGAGCUCAAAGAUCCCGUGGUCGAAACAUUACCGCCCACCCCAGACUGAUACAUUCGCCGAAAUCGAACUCGAGUCAGCUGAUGAGUGGAACGAUGACGCACCCCUUCUGGGAAGAGUAGCUAAGCCUGACCUGCCAUCGGCCGAGUCGGUCGAUAACGGAGCAGGUGUGUUUGGCGCACUGAAGAGCAUGGGUGUGGACUUCGACCCUAAUGGAAACUUUGAGGAAGGAUCGUCUCGCCGCUCAACUAUUGCAGGUGAAGAUGACGACCCCGAUUCGAAGAAAUACCUCAAGCACCGCGAGUUGCUUGAUGGCGACUUGGAAUCCGAGCUGAAAACGACGCCCUUCGAAAAGUACGGAUUGCACAUUGGUCAGAAGAAGAAAAAGUCGUCUCUCCUCGCAGCAAUCAAUCCAUUCGCAAAGAAGUCGCGCGGUGUUGGAGAUGACGUUGGAAUCUACAAGAUGGCUGGGUAUUUCAAGGGUAUGAUCCGUGUUCUCGAACGCGAAGACGAAAAACCGCUGCUCGACUUCGAUACACUGCUCCAAACACUUCCGUAUGAAGUUCGUAUAUACGUCCUGGAUGGAGUUGGCUUCGCGCCAAUGGAUAUUGGUUUGAACGGCCGUCCUGGAAAGUCAGACCCUUACCUGCGCUUGAAGCUCGGUGACAAGAAGAUCAGCGACCGCAAAAAUUACAUCGAAGAUACAACCGACCCGGACUUCUACAAGAUGUUCUUGAUCAACACGAAGCUUCCGGGUGCCGGCUUGCUGACGAUUGAGGCAAUGGAUCACGAUCUCAUCGGAGGUGACGAUCUGAUCGGCAAAACAACGAUUGAUCUCGAGGAUCGACUGUUUGACAAGCGCUGGCAGUCGAUGGGCAAAAUGUACGAAACUUCCAGUCGGCUGCGUUUGAAGCCUCUUGAAACACGAACCCUCAACAUCCCGACGUCUCGAGCUCCUAUGGGCACAAUCAAGCUGUGGAUUGACAUUCUGAGCCCUGCUCAAGCCCACGACUACCCGCCAAUCGACAUCUCGCUGCCUUCUCCGGUCGAUAUGGAACUUCGUGUUGUGGUCUGGAAGGCGCGCAACGUGCCUUCGUUCGACACAAUGGAAGACAUGAACGAUUUGUUCUUCCGCUGCUGGAUGGAAGGUUCGGAUUACCAAGAAACGGAUAUCCAUUGGCGUGCGAAGAAGGGCAAGGGAUCGUUCAAUUGGCGCAUGAAGUUCCCUAUCACCUUGGGGCACAAGCAAAUCAACACCAAAAUGCCGUAUUUUCACGUCCAGGGCUGGGACAAGGACGUUCUGUCCGCGAACGACGCAAUUGGUGUGGCCACGGUGGAUCUUGGAGCCUUCUUCCGUCAAGCGUACAAGCUCAAGACGAAUGUCCAGUGCUACGAAGAUGACGAUGAAACUCGAAAAAAGAAAAAGAAGGCCACUUCUGAUGAUGAUGCUGCGGUGAAGAAGAUCAGAGAGGCUACCGGCCUCUGGGAUGACGACGAUCCGGCCGAUUCGAAGUGGCUGCAGUUGCUAAGGCAUGACCACAAGACCAACGAGAAGGAGCGCAUGGGCGAGGUGUGCAUCUCGCUGGAGUUGGUUCCUGCCGAGAAUGCGAAGAAGAAUCCGGUGGGCAUGGGUCGGUCGUCGCCGAACAAUUCGCCGUACCUGCCUCCCCCUGCUGGGCGCCUUUCGUUCUCGCUCAACCCGUUCAAGGUGCUCAACGACUUGCUCGGCCCUGCCAUCUGCCACCGGCUCACGUGCUGCUUCUGCUGCAUCCUGUUCAUGGUGGUCAUCUACUUCCUGGCACCGUUCAUCAACGUGGCGAUUAUCACGCUGAAGGGAUAACUGGAGCAACCGAGGACCGGUUUGUUGUCUUUGCGCUGCUUGCUUGCAUAUUUCUAAUGAUGUAGCGCCCCGCGUAGUACUUGGAACUUGAAUACCUAAAUUUUU